AUGCUGGGGGGAGACGUGGUGGCCGUGUGGGACGUGGCACUCAGUGACGGCGUCUACAGGAUCCAGUUCUCUCACGGGACCACCACCGGGAGACGCAUCGUGUACGUUAACGGACAGGAAGUCAUCAGAAGAGACCGGAUGUUCAAGCUGGUGGGACAGGAGACGUUCACUGUGGGCGGAGCCAACACCAGAGCCAGCGUGCUCAUCGAGGCCGUCGGCGGAUUGGCUUACGAGUACUCGCUGCAGCUGGAGGGGCGGAGCCUCCAGAGGUUCACCGCAGACCGGGACGAGACCUGCAGGACCUGGAGGGUCCGGGUGGACGGGGAGGACUGCAGGGUUGUCCUGGAGAAGGACACGAUGGACGUUUGGUGCAACGGACAGAAAAUGGACACAACGGGAGAGUUUGUGGACGACGGGACAGAAACACGCUUCAUGUUCGGGGAACACGAGUGUUGCAUCAAAGCGACGAGCAGUGGGAAGAAUAAAGGAGGCAUUGUUCACCAUCUACUGCUGGAUGGAAUUAGAGUAGAACAGGUGGAGCUCUUCUCUAAUCUGCAGUAACACACACCUCUCUUCCUUUGUGCUUCCUGCUGCUUUUGUCUUAUUUUGGCGGUCUGCAGUCAGUGAACGCACCAUGUGACCUAGUUUAUGCGUGUGUGUUUGUUUGUUCGCCCUCAGGACUCUUGUUUGUGUGACUCAUGUUUCUUACGUUGUGGUUAUUGAGCAAGGCACUGAGCAGGGGCAGGGUUAGGGGUUCAUAAUGUUAUUGAACAGACUCAGCUGUUGUUAGCUGUUAGCUGUUAGCUGUUGUUACCUGUCACCUGUUGUUGGCUGUUGUCACCUGUUAC